GCCGUUUCCCAUUACAGCCGCUCUUGUGCUGUCAACGGCAGCACCUCAUCAUCGGAGGUAGACCGAGGGGAGCUGUCGAGGUCGUCCUCCUCCACUGGUGUCACAACAACCGUCACGCCCCUGGCCGACUUGUGCUUCUCAUGGUUGUGUGCGUGUCCAUGGGCGUGGGCGCCGUGGCAGUGGCCGUGGGCGCCGUGGCCGUGGCCGUGGCCGCAUGAGAGUCCCAUUGCGUGGAUGGCCUUGUGCGAGAAAUAGUUGGACGACAGCAGGCAGGCCGACCCAAGCAGCCCCACCACCGUGUGGAUGAUGUCCAGCUGCUCAAGGUACACCAUCCACCCCCACAACACCGCCAGAGCCGAUGCAGGUGCACUUGUGGCCGAGGCGUCCGCCGUUCGAGGGCCUUCGGCUGUCAGGAGAGUCACGUCGGAAGCUGCCGCACCCUGCCCCUGUCUCAAAUGGUGGUGGUCGUGUGUGUGAGCGGGGAUGUGGCUGAAGUACAGCAGGGCCACGCCGAAAGCCCCCAGAGCGAACAGCCGCAGAAUGCGGUGCCGCGUGUAGUUCAUCAGCACCGACAGCCCGCCGAUGGGCAGCAGCACCCAAAACACAGCCUGAACCAGCCACACACGAGACUCUGCAGACACGAAUCUCUACUGGUCCUUUUGGCGCAUCCAUACCACAUCCACUGCGCUGUGGAUCUGGUCGUUGGUGUGUUCGCCGACAACCCCCAGCAGCGGUGCAAUGGCCAGCAGUGGCGGCAGCAGCACACACUCGAUGGCGCACAGCACCGACAGCACGGUGGUGGCAAUGGGGAUGGACGACUGAAUGCGCCCCAGCAGACCUGACCGUUGGGGCUUCAGGGACUUUGCUGAGGACGAUGACGGACCGACAGAUGGCGAGUGACUGCAGCCAACAGGCAUAUGACAGCCAUGGAGACCUCAGCUUCCCUCUGUACGGAUCUGCGCCCGGUAAAUCACUCACCUGUGCCCGUCGUCAUGAUGGUCGUGGUUCUGGUGGUUGUGGUUGUGGCUGUGGCUGCAGAGCUGGCUGGUGCUGGUGGUGGUGGUGUCGGAGAGGGGAGAGGAGUCGCCGGAGGCGCUUUCCCCCUCGCAGCAGCCCGUGUCGCUAUCGCAGCAGUGAGAGUGGUCAUGCGCCUGCCGGGCAUGGCACGCCGGCGAAGUGGAGAAAUAGGACAUCAGGCAGGGGAAAGCGGCGACAAGAUUCUCCCCGGUGGCAGAUCAUCA